AUGUGGCGGGUUCUUGUACCCCCUGAGCCUAAAGAAGUUCGAAAUGAAAUUAUACUUAUUACUGGAGCAGGUCAUGGUAUGGGUCGGGAGAUGGCUCUCCGUUUUGCCAGACUCGGAGGAACCAUGGUAUGUGUGGAUAUUAAUGAAAACGGGAACGAAGAAACUGCAAAGAUGAUAAAGCAAGAAAAAGGGAGAGUUCAUACUUACGUAUGCGACGUAACAGACCGCGCAGCAGUAAUGCAGAUGGCUGAAAAAGUAAAACGUGAAGUUGGAGACGUAUCCAUACUCGUCAACAACGCAGGCAUAAUGCCUUGCAAUCCUGUCCUGAAACAAACUGAGCAGGAAAUCAAACUGAUGAACGAUAUCAAUAUUAAUGGUAACCUUUGGACAAUCCAAGCCUUCCUCCCAGCGAUGAUGUCGCGUAACCACGGGCACAUAGUCGCCAUGUCGUCAAUGGCGGGUCUGAUGGGUCUUCGCAACCUCGUCCCGUAUUGCGGCUCUAAGUACGCAGUAAGAGGGAUCAUGGAAGCUUUAGCUAUAGAAAUGAGAGACGAUCCUAGACAUCUGACUGGGAUCAAAUUUACGACUAUCUGCCCCUACAUAGUAGACACUGGUUUGUGCAAGAAGCCACGCAUACGCUUCGAGAGUCUAAUGAAAGUGGUAGACGCGGGUGAGGCGGCGGACAUGAUCGUCAACGCUGUGAGACGGGACAUAGUUGAAAUCACUAUACCACCUGAGCUACAUUUUAUGAAUAGAUAUAUCUACCGCCUAAUACCUUUCCCAGCAGCGUGCGCCUGGAACGAGUUCUUCAACACCGGUGUCGAUGCACACAAU